UUUAAACUGUUUCAUACGCCAUAUUAUCUAUCUUGUCUUACAUAUUUGAGCGAGAUAUGUAUUUGGAAGAUAAUAAAUGAGAUACAAGAAAAUCUUUGAUAAACUAUAUCGUAUUGAAGAAUUAUUUAGUCCUGCGAUGCUAACAUAAAAAAUGAGCUACUAAAAUAUACUAAGUAUAUUGUGAUGAAUUGUGACUAAAACGAAUAGUUUAAUGCAGUAGCGGAUUUAAAGAAGGUGUCGUAAGACGAUUAUACCUCCUUCGGAAAUUUUGCAUGCUAGAAAAAACUAUAUUUUACAAUUAGAAAUGUUUAUUGUGUCAUAUGAAUUCGAUGAAUGUCUUUCUGUUUCGUUCAUAAUUCAUUUAUGAGAUUUUUAUGGAUUCGCCGUUAUUAAAUAAAAUAUAUCUAAAAUUAACCGAUGUAGGAUAAUGAAAGAUCGUGUUUUACAUCUCAGUGUUUCAUUAAUUAACACACCCACACCCUCAAUUCUCAUUAAUGCGCAAAAAUAAUUUAUUUUUUACACAAACGAGUUAUGGCUUCUCAUAAUAACGUAUAAUUUUUCCUUAUAAAUUGUACAACUUUCCUAGUUGAACGUUGUGUAAUAUUUCGUUUCUUCUUUUUUUAAUCAAAUGAAGUAAUUGAUGAAAAAAAGACUUAGAUGCAAAAUGCCAACUAUUCACAAUGUGCUACUCGUUAUUAUUCAUGUUCUCAUCGAUGUUUUAUAUGUAUUCAUAUAAAAACGAACAAAUCGAAUCUCUUUCAACACGACUAAAAGACAAGAGCAGGAUGCGUUUGUUUUCUUUGCUUUAGCUAAAAUUAAUAAUAAAAUAAUGCUAUGAUUAAUGAAAUAGAACUUAUAUUGUCUUCGAAUGUUUAACAAAUAAAACAUAAAAUUAUCUUAGGCAUAUACGAAAAAUCACCACCACCCCCCACCUUCUAGAAUCUUAGCACACCCGGCAGUUAAAUGGAAUUUUUUUACAAAAUAGUCUUCAAUAUCAAUAAAAAGUGUUUAAUAUAUAAAAAGAAUAUACUUUUAUACCCAUUUUGUUUUGGAGCGAAAUAUGUAAAAAUUCGUACUAGACCUACGUUUAGCAUUACCAAUUACGACUCUGAUGUAAUGUACAUAAAUGAUGCAUUGAUAUUAGUAAAAAUGUUUCAUGAAAAUUUUGAAUGGUCUUUCUGAAUCUCUUCUUAGAUUUUAUCUAACGUAAAAUAAAAAUUUGAAAUUUCUCAAAAAUAAAAUUGGAUAUUAGAUUAAUUCAGAAAUCUUUGUUUUAUAAAUUUCAUAAAUUUCGAAUUGAACAUAAGAAAUUAUUCAUAAAUUAACAAAUAUUAAGAUUGCUAAUAGAAAAAAAAAUUCAUCUUUUAUAUCAUGUUCAUAUCGACAUUUUUUUUUUGUUUUAAGGUGAAAGUGAAAAUUUAAAACGAUUACAAGGUGAAAGUGAAAAUUUAAAACGAUUACAAGGUAAUUUAAAGAAUGAUGAAAAUGCAAAAGUUCGUGAAAUGACUUAUCAAAAAGAAUCACUCGAUGAUGGAUUGAAAGAAGUCGAUAAAUUAAAAACUACUAUCGAAACUAAACAAGCAAGUCUGAAACAAUUGACAGAAGAAUUGAAGACGAAUAAAAGCGAUUUGAAAACUAUUGACAAUGAAAAAGAACGAUUGAAUGAUGAAAAAACAACUCUCAAUGAAGAACUCAGAGGAGCUAAAAAUGAAUUGACCAAUGCUGAAAAUCAAAAUCGUGAAGCACGUCGAAAAUAUCAAGCUCAAAAUAAUAAAGUUGAAACUCUUCGUCAAAAUGCGCAAAUGUUAAAUCAACGAAGUGAACGAUUAUCGACAAAUGCAAAGCAUAUUAAAGAAAGAUUAGAUAAUAAAACAGAACAAGUUCGUGAAAACACGGCUGCAACUGAAGCUGUCCGAGGUACACUCAAUGCUCAGCAUUUACGAUAUAAAAAUGCUCAAAGAGCAAUGGAAACAUCAAAGAAUGAUUUAGUUACAUUGAAAACAAAUAUUGAAAAUACAGAUGAAGAAAUCGUUAGAAACGAAAACAAAUUCAAUGAAUUAAAAGAAGAACUCAAUGGAAUGCAUGAGAAUUACGAUCAAAAUGAAGAUGUCAAAGCAGCGAAUUAUAAAAGACUUGAAAGAAUUGAAAAAAACUUAACUGGAUUAAAACAACAUCAUUACGAAUUACAAAAAGAUCAUACAACAAAAAUUCAUAAUAUUGCUGAAUCAAAACAAUCCGUUCGUGUAGCAGUUGUUAACACAAAUACAGUGAAUAAUACAAAUAAAAUAGCUAACAAAAAUACUCAACGGUUAAAUUAA